UCAUUAAAAAGUAAUAACAGCGUUUAGAUUUACUCUUAGGGAAUCCAAUGCGGUUAUUGAAUUACCAAACAGUGUAUUAGAAAUUCGGAAUAAUGGCGCCGAAAACAAGAGGACAUUUUGACGAUACUGACUCGGGAUCAGAUUCCGAAAGUUCAAGUUCCAGUCGCAGUAACAGCCCUGCUGUGUCAGGCAAAGCACACAGUCGAUCGAGGUCUCGCUCUGGAAGCGCAGCUCGCUCAGGCAGUGAAUCUCCCAAAUCUAACGCUUCUGCUAGAUCUCGUUCUCGGAAAUCCUCCAAUGCUUCUCGCAGCAGAUCAAAUUCUCCAGCAGGUUCCAACCGUUCUGGUUCAGCUCAUAGCAAUAAAUCAGGCACUCACAAGUCGGCUUCUUCUAGCCCAAAGUCUAAUGCUUCCGGAAGCCCUAAGCGCGCGUCGAAGUCUAGAUCCAGAUCUCGUUCAGGGUCAGCCAGUGCUCGUUCUGGUUCUGGUUCACCAAAAUCUCGCUCUGCCAGUCCCAAAUCAGGGGCACAAAGCCCUAAAUCUGGGUCCCAUAGUGGGAAAUCCCAGAGCCCUAAAUCCCAAUCCCAGAGCCCUAAAUCUAAUAGAUCUUCAAAGUCUCGUUCUGCAAGUCCAAAAUCUGCAGGUGCUAAGAGUCGGUCACGUUCGAAAUCCAGUAGCGGAAGUCCUAAAAGCAGGAAGUCUCGGUCUCGAUCUGGCAGCGCGUCAUCAAGGUCCAAGAGUCCCGAAACAAGGCCCGAUGUACAAGACAGCAGAUCGAACUCUCCAAAUUUGAUGAUAGAUGAUGAUCACACCAAGGACAAGUCUAAAAGUAGAUCAAGAUCGGGCUCAAGACAAUCCAAGUCUAAAUCAAGGUCACGCAGCAAGUCUAAAUCGAGAUCGAAAAGCCGUUCCAGAUCGCAAUCUAGGAGCUCAGAAGAAAAUGAAGUUGUUGCAGGUGAUAAAAAGAAAAGAGCUGUACUGUCUGACUCGGAAAGUGAAGGGGAUAGCAAAGCUGAGAAACGCAAGAAGGAAUCGGACAGUGGCUCAGACACCAGUGGUAAACCAAAGAGAAAGACCAAGAAACUCCAGGACUCUGACGAUGACAAGGCCAAGGACGACAAUGUGACGGCAGAUGCGCUGUUCGGCGACGCGUCGGAUAUUAGUACGGACGAGGAGGCCGCCAAACGGACAAACAAGUCGCGGUCUCGGUCGCGCAGCCGCAGUUCCGAUCGAUCGGACGACGAUCGCCGCCGCUCCGGCGAUGAAGCGAAGGCCAGUAGCGAUGAGCAAGAAAAUCGUACUAAACCUAACGAUGAAGAGGAGCCAGAAUUACCAGAAACACGUAUCGACGUCGACAUGCCCAAAAUCUGGACGGAGCUUGGCAAGGAGUUACACUUCGUCAAACUGCCAAAUUUCUUGUCAGUAGAAACACGUCCUUACGACCCCAGCACCUAUGAAGACGAGAUUGAUGAAGAAGAAACCCUUGAUGAGGAAGGUCGAGCCAGAUUGAAGCUAAAAGUGGAAAACACGAUUCGUUGGCGUCAAUCGUUCGACAAGCAAGGCAACGCUAUCAAGGAGUCGAACGCUCGUCUCGUCAAAUGGUCCGACGGCAGCAUGUCGCUGCAUCUCGGCUCCGAGAUAUUCGACGUUUACAAACAACCGUUACACGGCGACCAUAACCAUCUGUUCGUGAGGCAAGGCACAGGUCUGCAGGGCCAAGCCGUGUUCCGCACCAAGCUCUCGUUCCGACCGCAUUCGACCGACUCGUUCACUCAUAGGAAGAUGACGCUAUCGCUCGCUGACCGCUCUACAAAGACCUCCGCCAUCAAAAUUCUAUCUCAAGUCGGAGCUGAUCCUGAUGCUGACAGGAAAUAUCAGCUAAAGAAAGAAGAAAUGGAACUACGCGCAGCAAUGCGUUCUCGCGCUUCAACUCGGCCUAAGAGACGGUCGGGGGCGGCGACGAGCGCACGGAGCACAGGUUCCCGGGCGCCAGACGACUCUGACGACGAAGGUGGUGUUUCGCUCGCCGCUAUCAAGAACAAAUACAAGCAGGGGCAGAAAGCAUCAACUGGUGCUGCUAUAUAUUCAACCGAGUCGGAAGGAUCCGACAUCGAAACACGUCGUGCUCGUAGGACAGAACGCACCAAAGCCAUAAAAGACUCUGAAGAUGAUGGCAGCGAUGCGAACGAAGAAGCGGGCGAAGAGACACCACAGCAUAGCGGAAGUGCUAGUGGAAGCGCAAGCGGGAGCGGAAGCGGUAGCGGUAGCGAGUGAAACUCUAAUGGUAACGGAUAAUACGUGCUUGUAAACUUAUUUUUAAUAUAGUGUUAAUGUGUGAUUCAUUAUAUCGUCACGCGAGCAAUUUUACUAUAUAAUAAUAAUAAUGGUACUAUGUUUGACAACCUCACUAAUAUGAGCAACGGAAUUCACUCUUUAGAACCCAUUUAUAGACCAGAUCAUAGACCAGAACCAAUUAAAAAAAAGCUCAAUUUCCCAAAUUAGAGACCUCCUCAUCCGGUGUCCACAAUGUAAUCGCCGUCAUCGAGGUCGUCAGAGGUUUUAAAUAUAAUCGUGUAUAAUUCGGUUUUGCAAAAAAUAAAUGUGUGCGUCUAUGUUUUUCGUAACAAGUAAGACAAGAACAGGAGUUAAUUUUAGAUUACACGAGUAAAUUUGACACCUUGUAUGUAUAUUCAUUGGUACUUCGUUUUUUUAGUUUUAGCUUUAUUUUGGGUCUUUUAUAAGGCGCAAUUUCAUACCAUGUAUUGACGCUAGGAUGCAAGAAAAGUCUUGGUUUUCACAAAUACUGAAUAUAAUGAGACUGAGUACUGAAUAUUCAAUGAAUAUUGAAAAAAUAGCAAAACGAUGAGGACGAUUCGUCGCUCCGUUCUCGCAAAUUAAAAAAGUGCUGUCAGGAUUUGAUU